UCAACUAAAUAGAGCUUCAUGCGGAAUACCUCGUAGAUUAUCAGAAUCAGGCAAAGGAAGAUAGGAAGGUUUUUUGACAAAAAAAUGUGUUUACAGUAAUACAAAGCUUACACAAUGUCUGACAGUACAGAAAGCUCAGCAUAUUUUUACAGAAUAAUCUCUCUUGUUGUUGAUGUGGGCACUGAAACUUUGAGAGAUAUUUUUUACUGGAAAGUGCCGAAAUCAAAUGUUGUCACUCUGUUUGCAACUCCUGGAGUUCAGUCUGAAUUUAAAAGACUAAAGGGAAUCAAAGCCUUGACAGAAGUCCAGUAUGCCAAAGUUACAAAUAAGCCUGAUCCUGACACAUAUGAUAUUUCUUUGUUAACUACACUUCUUACAAAUCAGAAAAUUUGUAGAAUAAGUAAACCAAAAGAUGGUUGGGGGAAAGUUCCGGAUCAAUCAGACAUUUCUUUAGGAGCUGAUCUUCUACGGCUGAGGGAAAUAAGAAAUGAAAUUAUUGCACAUCGCAAUAAGGCGCAAUUAGAAGUAGAAGACUACAAAAAGAUUUGGGGUAAUGUAGAAAUUGUUCUUUUACGGUUAGCUGCUAAUAUUGAUGCAUCAGAAAAAGACAAAGUCAAGGAAAAGAUCAGGAGUGCAGAGACUCGAGUGCUUGAACCAUUCCAUGAUAGGGAGAAGAAGUUGCUGCAGGUGUUUAUUGAGUGGCAGAAAGAAGACAAUAAGAAAACUGAAGUACAGCUGUCCGAUAUAUCAAAUAAAUUAGAAAACCUUCACUUAAAGGUUGACAGUUUGAAAACUCCAGCAGAUGAAACAGAUGCAGCACGCUCAAAUGUCACAUCGGAAGACACUCUGUCCUCUAUUCAGUCUCAAGUUAGCAGUGUUCUUGAGAAUUUGGGCAGCAUUGCUACACAAGAUGACGUCAGUCAGAUUCAAGCUAAUAUGAAAAGAAUGGAAGACAAUGUUAAAGCUAUAUCUGAAUUAGUGAAAAUAUUGAAGGAGACCGUCGAAAAAAGUAACCAUAAUUUGGAAGAAUUAUCAAAGAAUGCACAUAUCAGUGGGUGCCAGCCAAUGUCUGCUAUAUUUGAAAGAGAUCAGGGUAGACCGUAUGUACCAGACAGACCUAAAAAACCGAAGAUAGAAAAUCCACAUGCAAUGACAGACAAAGAAAUUCUCGAAUUGAGUAAAAAGAUUGGCUACGAGUGGGAAUCUUUAAGAAUACACUUGGACUUUACUGAGGCUCAGGGACAUGCCUUGAAAUGGGCCUUUAAUGAUGAUGUACAAGUUAGGAUCUACCAGAUGUUAAAGGGAUGGCAUGAUGUGGUGGUCGAUUGUGGAGAGAAUCCUAAGAAGCUACUUGCUGCAGCAUUUGUGAAUGCCAGUACAAACUACCAAAUGGCUUACAGCAUUGUGCCUAGACAGCAGUUUGAUCCUAACGCAGAACUAGACCUGCCACGUGUUAGGUGGCAUUCAGAAAAUAUCAAUUCAGCAAGACUGGGCUUUGAACCAAGGUGA